UGGGCUGACCGGGUUAUAAAACCUGAAAGGGUUCAUCCGGAGCCCACCAAAGAUCUUGAGGACGCCUGCGAGAAGCUUCUCAAGGGUGAUCCUGUGACCGGGAAACCUUAUGCCUAUGGAGGCUGGGUAUUCCGGCUAUCUAAUCCGGAUGGGGUGAAUCUGCGACCCAUGACGCAGAAGAUGACCGGGCAAACUCCCCGGAUGGUCAUGCUGAGGCCACUUCUCCUCGUCCAGGUUGAUUAUCCUCUCUUAAACUUCUUAAUUUCAUUUUCUUUAUUUAUGUACAAGGCUCGAAAAAUAACCAGUCAUAUGUUGCUUUGUUCUUUUUCAGACAUGAACUUCAACAGGAUGACCACCAUCAUCGAGGAUGACGACGAUGAUGUCCAAGUCCUCCACUCCAACCGGUCUCCUAAUCGCAACUCUCCCUCCCCUCCUCAAAACCUUGGAGUUGAAGGGGCCUCAACUGCUCGGUGCUCUUCCUUUGACGAUCUCAUUCGAGAUAAGCAGGUGAAGUCACCCUCAGCCCUCCAUUUCUCCGAUGGCGACCGGGUUGAAUCCAAGUCCAAGGAGGCCAGCCAUUCUUCUUCCCGCGCUAAGGGCCAGAAAAGGAAGGGCUCCCAUAAGAGUUCCAAAGGGAGCAAGAAGAAGAAGACCGGGUCGCUUAACUUGGAAGGGGAGUCGGUAGAAGAAGCCUUCCUUGCAUUGGCUAGAAGACUCCAAAAGGUUGGAGUCCUAUCUGAAGAGAUUGGCCAGUCACUCAUCGAGCCAACCAACCAGGUCUCCCAACUGAAUCUCCUGCUUGACUCGGCCAAAUCAGAAAUAAAUGACCUGGUCGAGAGGGAGAGAAGGUUAGAAGUAGAGCUGAGGGCUGAGAGGGCUUUGCUGGAGGAGGAGAGGGCCAGAUCUGCCUGGUUGGAGGAGGAAGGCAAGAGAAAGGUCGCUGAGCUUGAAGAGGCGUUGGCCCAAGCUGAAGAGACUGCCCGGUCAAAAGAGGAGGCCUUCCCUGAUGAUGCUGCGAUUUGGGCCGCCUGCCAUCACAGUGAAGUCGCCCGGUCCAUUCUCACCAAUCCGGAGGAUACCAUGGAUUUUUUCAAAGUCAUGUAUAAGGAACCGGAAGGGAAGAGAAUGAUAACAGAUGUCGGGUCCUAUGGGUUUCAAUGUGGCCAAAAGGAAGAGAGAUCUCUUCUCUAUGCCAUGCUCCAGAGGAAGGACCCUUCUUUCGACCCGGCCAAGUUGAAGCUUCCAGCCCUAUACAAGGAAGAGCCAGCUCCCCCCUUUCCCCUAGAGUAGGUUAGGGUUUGAUUUUAAAAAACUUUGAAUUUUCCCAAGGCCCGGGGGAUGUCCAGCCUACUUCUGACUUGCGCAAUGUUAUCUUUUGUUUGGCAUGGGUUUCAAUUUACCGGCUUGUUUCUUCUUUCAGUUUGCAUGGUUGAACUCCUUUUCUAUGCACGGUUAUUGCUUUUCUUUUCUUUUUCUUGAUCGCCUUUGAAUGAACUUCCAAGUCAAUA